GCGAAGGGAAACAUGUGAGUGCACUGAAGAGCAUGCAACAGACAACUUACUGCAACUUUUGAUCACACGCAUCAACCUUUGUGCACCAACGGGAUUUAACUUUUGGGAAAGGAGACGUACAAUUUCUGCAUAUAGCCUAAUCCGAUUACUUUUUUUAUUUUAUUUUUUUAUUUCUUAUAAAAACACAGUAUCAUGUUUUUUCCCCCACUUUAACAGCAUAAUAACCAGCACUUGUCUUAAUUUAUUAUCGUAAUUGCUUUCUCUUUUUUCGUUCUAUUACUAUUAUUUAAUUUAGACUGCUUUAUUAGCAAAUAAUUGCUUUAAUCAAAAUUAGUAAUUCUAUAACAACUUUCUGGACGCUUGGGGACUGUCAUACAGCAGUCCUGAUUUCUGAACAGUCGCGUGUACCGCUUUUGGUUUAAUCCCUCUGAAAAUGAUGCAUUUGAAAUUUGUGCUCUUGUUGGCCAUCGCGGCCAAUUUUUGGGAAUGUAGUGAUGCGAAAUUCGACGAGAAAGGAGAAUUAAGUCCAAGGAGGAGGAGAUGUUACGAUGGAAGUCUGCCGAAACGCCUGAAGAAGAAGGAGAGAAAACAGUCACUGGAGGGAAGCGGCGGAGGGGAGGUUUGUCACAGGCUCUAUCCUCGCGUGUCCUGCUGUCCGUCCAGAAGAGCUCCGUAUCAGAUCCUCCAUCGGAGAGAUGCUCGGAUCUUCUCAACUAAUAACACAGAGUGUUCUAGACUGCUGGAGGAGAUUAAGUGUGCCCAUUGCUCACCACAUGCCCAGAUGCUCUUCCACUCGCCCAAACUUGAAAAGGCACCACGCAGAGAACAAGAUCUACCCCGCUUAUGUCACGACUACUGCCAAGAGUUCUACUACACCUGCCGGGGACACAUACCAGGUAACAAACGAGAUCAAUGCAAGAGUUUUAUUUAAGAUAAGAUAAUGAGU